CACGCAGACCUUGUGGAGAGGGCUUCCGACACGCAGAAGGUUGUGGCAAACAGGAACAACUGCGUACCAGGAAUUAAAAGUCCACGGGACAACGUAGGGACGACGGCUCGCUGAGCUCUCUUUCGCAGCUUUGUUUGGCAGCUGCGAAGAGAUUGUCACACUUGUAUGCCGAUAGCCAGGAUGUCAUGUUACGAAGUAGCGGCAUAAUUGAGGCCUUAAUUGGUGGGGGCUUUGAACAUACAGCGUAAAAGAAAACUUGUGUACGUCUGCAUAGUUCGUCUGCAAGUUUGAUACGAAAUGAAGGGUGUCGUCUGCCUUGCUCGUCUGCCUUGGUGUCGUCUGCUGCUACUCUUGGCAGUGGUCGCUUUCUCGUGGAGAGAAUGCGCAGCAACGAGGAAGAAGCAUCUGGUGACUGAGGGCUUCUCUGGACCGCACCAGGUUAUGAACUACUUCUUGGACAGAAACUUCCGCCUCCAAUUUGAACGAGCUGGACACCAUCAUGUCAUCCCACGAAGUCAAAGACGCUGCAAUGGUCGAAGAGCAGAAAAGUCAAAAGCUCAUUCGAGAUUGGUAUUGGAAGUCGGCGCCUUCUGCGAUGAGGCCUGUUAUCGAGGUUACAUAGACUUCUUGAAAUCGAAAGAGAAGCUACGAGAUAUCAUGUCCGCAGUGUUCAGCCAGCUGCAAGUUUACUUUAAGUCGCCGUCGGUAGCGCUGCAGCUGGAUCUGAAGAUAGUUCACAUGGAGAUCUUGGAAAAGCAACCCUUGGACCUUCCCACUUAUGGUGGGGACUCUGAUAAGCUCCUGGAGUCCUUCUCCCAGUACCAGAAGGAAAGGAACCCCAGAGAUGGAACACCGGGCCACUGGGAUGUUGCUGUGCUCUUUACAGGGCUUGACAUGACACAUUUUGUGGACGGCCAGAAGUCAAGUACAGUUGUUGGCAAGUCGUGGGUAAACGGCUUCUGCGAACCCAAGUACAGCGGCCUGGUAAUCGAGUUCGGGGCUUCAGGGCCAGAAGGUGUUCCCGCCAUGUCUUCGGGUAUUCAGGCCAGCCAUGUGCUUGCGCAUGAGUUGGGACACAACCUCGGAUUAUACCACGACGGUCCUCCGAAAAACGACCCUUGCAUGGACCGCAAGUUCCUGAUGUCCUCCUGGAAAAGCCACGACGUCCUUUCUAUUUGGUCAAAGUGCAGCAGGAAGUUCCUCGAUGAACUCAACAGAUCGCGAAAAGUAUCGUGCCUGCAGAAUACCGCAGCAGACGACGACAACUCUAGGUUGCUGAACCGGUGGAAGUUAGACGAACUUCCAGGACAGAGGUGGGACGCUGAUGAACAGUGCAAGAUAUUCCUCAAAGACGAUGCUGCUCAACACGCCAUCAAGUACAAUAAUAUGAGUUCAAUUUGUCGAAUAUUAAAGUGCAGAACUCCUAAAAGGAUGAGUCUGUACGGCGCAGGCGGAGCACUUGAAGGUAGCUAUUGUGGGGGGAAAAAUUGGUGUCAAUUAGGAAAGUGUACACCAUUCCCAAAAGGAGUAAAAGUAAUCCGGGGAGGAUGGACUGACUGGACUGAAAUGAAGAACUGUACCAGUUCCUGUCUUCAAGACAGUGUUUCACUGCGUCGUUUUGAACGGUCAUGCACGAACCCGCAAAAGAAAAACACAGAAGACGGAUGCGAGGGGGACGACGUCAUGUUCAGGCCUUGCAAUUCAGAUAUGAAAAAGGAAUGUCAGAAAACCACGACAAACAAAGAAUACAUAGCAACAAAAUGCGAACAGUUCUCAAAAAUCAAGCCUGAUCUGCAUCCGCCUGGCACACAGCUACCUUACGAUCAGAAUGUAACAUGGCGUUCUUGUGCCAUCUACUGCUCCUACAAAGGCGACAGGUUUAUCAACGCCAAAUUCAGCACCAAUGACGUAUCAGAGGUCGAUACCUAUCUACCGGACGGUGCUCGCUGUCACGCGGACAGUCCUUUCUACUGCCAGAACAGACAGUGCUCUUCCCUGCUCCGCGGAAUGCAUGGCAUGCACAAAGAGACCGCUGCGGACGAGUUAACCAUAAACGUUGAAGACUGGGUUUUAAACCCAGAAGGCAGGAAACUCGUCAAGGAGUUCCUAGAGUACGUGCCGGGCCGAAAGCUGCCGACGCUGAAGAAAAUACCGCGCAAACCGUACAGGAUCUACGACCCAGAUGAUGUAGCAGAAAAGCCUCGAUGACAACACUAUAUACGGUGGCCGGUAGCGCUUCGGUCACACGACCCUCGUCGCAUUCGUUUAAUAAAGCUCGUGCUACAGUCUAACGCGAAAUACAGAAUGCGCAGAGUU